AUGGACUCCUCUCAAAUAGUAGAUGAUCCAGAAGCCAUUGCUACGGAUGCUAUGGUUCCCAUACCGGAGAUGAUGUUUGCGGCGGGUGAAGAACCGGUUGGAGUCAGGGGUCUUACCUACCAGUCCUCCAGAUCCAUUAAUCACAUCCUUGAUUCGCUCGAAGAUGAUGAGAUCCAGACAUUGCGCAUGUCACCCUUUUGGAAGAUUGUUGAAAUCAAGGAGAAACCAUGUUUCUCGGGAAGAUUUGUUCCAUUCAUGCUAUCAAGGCAACUAAAGGUGGAGAAGAAACAUGAGGCUUGGUUUCGGUUUGCUGGAAAACCGGUUAGGUUUUCGAUUCGCGAGUUCGCCAUUGUAACAGGCCUCAACUGCGGUGAAUAUCAGAAAAAAUCCAAAGCGAAUUCAAAGAUGAAGAGAAAGGCGAAACCCUAUUGGCCCGAGUUAUUUGGCAGAAGCGAAGAUCUUCGGGUGUCGACAGCUUUGAAAAUGCUUAGAAGGAAAACGGUUACAGAGAAAAAAGUUAGGAUUAAGUUGGCGUGUCUUGCGAUCGUGUCUUCGGUUCUACUCACUACCAACCUGAAGAUGAAGAUGAUUAAAGAACAUGUAGAGGCCAUGCAAAGAGACGAGGUCUCCUUAUCGAAGGAUACAAUUGCGCUUAAAGGAUUUGCCUUGGCACUCCAACUAGUUAUGGUAGAAGCUGUACCGGCUCUAAUGGAAGUUGUUUUGGAAAGUUACUCUUCUUAUGACUUAGAUAGCUGCGACGAUGGAGAUGAUUUUAUUCGGAAGAAGAACAAACAGAAGACAUUGAGCCCCAGCCAUGCGAGCGAACUAGACAAAAAAAACGAUGUCAUCAACGUCAAAGUCGAUAAUCUGUUAAAGCCUAUAGCCGAAGGUUACUCUUUCACCGCUGAGAUGCUCAAAGGAGGCGCUACCAAAGUUGACAUUGAAAGAAUGCGUGAGAUACCCGCAGAUGGGGGGAAGCAGAAGAGGAAAACAAAACCUUUGAAACAUAAGGAAACGGACGAGGAGAAGCAAAUCACAUCCAUUGUUCUGUCAAUGCUGCAAACUGAGGUUCAAAGAGCCGAUGCAAAUGCUGUCAGAGCUAUUUCCAUGGCCGAUAAAACAGCGGCGAAAGUUGACUCCUUAGAGACUCGGGUCAUGGUCUCAAUUCAAAAUGAGCUUAAAAACUUCAAGGAAGAAGUCAUCCGCUCUGUCUUGCAAGUUCACAACAAUGCUAACGCCACAACACAUGGCCCACGGGCCAACGUCUCUAAUACCAACCAUGAACAACAGGAAGCUGAUACCGUGAUCCCUCAGUGUGACGCUAACGAAGCAGAGGGCCCCUUGCAGGAUUCCCCUUUGUCAGCCAAUAGUCACAACAAGGAGGCUAGUAAAACCUCGUCAGCAGGCGUUGAAAUUGAUAACAAUGUUUCACGUCGGACAAUCGGAGCUGUGUCUGAAGGCUCAGAUCAAGAUCUUCCCACUGGUUCAGUCAAUAGUCACAACAACUUCCCUCCCAAAACUGUGGUGUGA